AAGCCCGCGGAGUUUCCGCGUCCUGUGACUGCAGUCAGGUGGUGGUUGGGGUUCACUUUUUCCUUCCUCCCUCUGUCCCGCUCCGUCUUCCCCCGCCCGGGGAGGGCCGGCCCUGCGGGGAGCCGCCUGGUGAAAGUUGGAGGAAAGUUGCUAACUGGGAAAGUUUAGAAGCGGGAGAGCCGCGGCUCCGGCAGCCCGGCCUCUCCGCCGCGCUCCACGGGAGGGAGGGCCGAGGAUGGCCGGGGGGGAAGGAGCGGGCUCCGGCGUGCCGGAGUGUCGGGAGCACCUCUUCAAGGUGCUGGUGAUCGGGGAGCUGGGUGUGGGGAAAACCAGCAUUAUCAAGCGGUACGUGCACCAGCUCUUCUCCCAGCACUACCGGGCCACUAUCGGCGUGGAUUUCGCGCUCAAAGUCAUCAAUUGGGACAGCAAGACCCUGGUGCGGUUGCAGCUCUGGGAUAUAGCAGGCCAGGAGCGCUUUGGAAAUAUGACUAGAGUAUACUACAAAGAGGCAGUUGGUGCUUUUGUGGUCUUUGAUGUCACAAGAGGCUCCACUUUUGAGGCUGUUUCAAAAUGGAAGCAUGAUUUGGAUAGUAAAGUACUGCUUCCGAAUGGCAGCCCUAUCCCUGCUGUUCUUCUUGCAAACAAGUGUGACCAGAAGAAAGAUGGCAGCCAGAAUCCCUCUCAGAUGGACCAGUUCUGCAGAGAAGGUGGCUUUGUUGGAUGGUUUGAAACAUCUGCCAAGGACAACAUCAACAUAGACGAAGCUGCUCGAUUCUUGGUGGAAAACAUCCUUGCCAACUACAAAACCUUUCCUAAUGAAGAGAAUGAUGUGGGGAAACCAAAACUGGACCUAGACCCAUUGAAAGCAGAGAGUAAAUCACAGUGCUGCUAAUGUUACCACUAUUAAGUAAAUGUGAUGGAAUGAGCAGCAAGACUGUUCCUUAAAUCAAAAUGCUGCUGUGGUGCUGCGUUGUGACAAUCCAUAUGGGGUGUCUGGUACUAUCUGAAUUGGUGACUCGUUUGGGUGUUUACAUAUUCUUGUUUAGCAUGAAACUGUGUAUCUUGUGCGUUUUCAUUCCACUUGCUUAAGCGACUGCAUCUAAGUCUGAUUAGCAUCUUCUUACUUGAGAACAUAAGGUAGUGUUUAUAGUCCUAAAAAGGAAUAAAGACAACAUUCAGUGCUUCUAUGACAUAUGCUGCAUUCCAAAUAGGACUCACUUGUCAAGGUUUUAGCUGAAUAGACACUUGCACCUUUAAAGUAAACUUCUCCUUUGUCACCAGUAAUGUCCCACUUUAGCCUUCUCACCUGCACAAUUGUCCCUAUUGAUUAUCCCCCACCGUGAGGGUCUGUCUCAUUGCUAGUUGUCCUGGACCGAAACAUCCUAGAAAUCUUGAAGGGGCCAAUGACAGAUGGGAGGUAUCUUUCCUACUGUGAUCACUAGGACUGAGUGGAAUAGAUGGCUUUUACUACUGAGUAAAACCAAGAUGGUUAAAUUAUUGUAUUUAACAAGGGAAAGGCAUGGAGAGAUACUAACAAAAAUGCAUCUCCAGCCAUUUAAGGCAGAAUAUUUUCAGCUAAUACUUUACAUGUGAAACACAUUAAUGGUACAAUUGUACUGCUGGCACAUAGUUAUGGUAACCUCACCUGUGUGCACAUCCAGAAAUAAACAUUCAGUGACUUUUUCAUGCACUAACACUGAAAACUUUACCAAGAAUGCAAAAAGUACAUACCUUACUGUCCUGUGAUAAUGAACUUCCUUCUUUUUUUCUUCUGUAUUGAGAUGGUUCUGAAUACCAUGAGGAAGGAGAAACGUCUUGAAGGAAAUAGCUUAACUGGUUCAUGCUAGCCUGUCAACCCCCUGCCCCAAGCUCUAUCUCUUUCAGUUUUAGAACAGUGCUGUGCUCUUUUGCCUGCUUUGAACUGAUGAACUGGCUUACCAGUUUGUAACUGUAUACUGAGAUGCUUGUUUCUUUGUUAUAACACUCAUGCAUUUUUGGCAGCAAAUGAAGAUCAAAAGGAUUAGAGAGAUUUCAUGGUUCUUGAAUGCAUUCUAGAACUCUGUCUCUGCCUGGCUCAAAGGCUUUGAAGCACCUCUUUGUAUUAAGGGUUUCUUCUGUCCCAGUACCUCAUUGCUACUGACUUCAGAAGUCUUAUCUUGCUUGGUUUGAUGGUACUGAUGUUUACUUAAACAUCAGAAUUAAGUAAGUGCAGGAUUUGAUAUACUUUAAUCUGAAUUGAGAUUUCUUAGGCUUUUUUUCUAAAGAGUAACAUACUUUUUAAGAGAUAAAUAAAUAAAUAUUUUGGGGCAUCUUA